UCCGCCUUCCUCUUCCCGUCGGUCAUUUUAACUUUUUAGGUCUUUGUUCACAGACUCCCAGGCUUCAGGGCGCUGGUGAUGAGUCGGAGGAGGCCUGGGAGGCAGCGCGCCUGCUGUGCGGGGUGUGUCUGAGGCUCCUUGAGCCCAACAGCCCGAGAUUGGCGUCCCCGUGCCUGCCGGACUCCUCUCUGCUCACAGCGUCCCCGCAGCCGGACCCCAUUUCACCCUCCAGCCUUGGGGACCGGCCUCUCAGGUCCCGCCGCCCAGGUCCCCGCGCGCAGAAUGGUGAGUCCCUCGUGGGUGACACAGGGCUGAUGGGGGAAGAGGGUGAAAGGCUGCAGGGCCGCCUUGUCAGGACGUGAUGGGGCGACUGCGCAGGGAGGACUCGGGAACCCGGUCCUGUUGUGGGUGUAAAGGCAACAGAGAGACGAGGUUAUGAACUUUGAGGACGUGGCCAUUGCCUUCUCUCAGGAAGAAUUGGGGAUCCUUGAUGAGGCUCAGAGACUUCUGUACUGCGAUGUGAUGCUGGAAGUUUUUGCAGUUGUAUCUUCUAUAGGUUGUUGGCAUAAAAUGGAAGAUGAGGAGGCCAGUCCUGAUCAGAGUGUAUACAUACAAGGAGAGUCACGGGUCAGGGCUUCUAAGACAGCUGCAGCCACCCAGAAGACCUUUCUGUGUAAGCAGUGUUUCUCUGUGUUACAACAUAUUUUGCACCUGACUGGGUCACAUGCAGCAGAUUUUGAGCAGAAAGCCUUCUGUAGCGACGCAUGCGUUGGAGACUUCUGUUUCAGUGCAAACCCUCACCAGCAACAGAGGAAUGAAUGUGGACAGGGGCCCUGGAAACAAGCUAUGGACAGGGCCUCCUUUGUGAACAGGUGCAGCUUCUCCUUAUCUUUGGUGACUUCAACCAGCAGGGAGGUUGGUAAAGACUUGCAAUCCAACUCAGAGCUUCCCCAGCACCAGGCUACUCUCAAGACUGAGGAGCUACACUGUGGCAGUGAGAUUUCACAGGAAUUUCUUGAUGGAAAAAGUCAUCACCAGUGGGGUGACUGUGAAAACGCUGCCAGCCACAGCCUGAAAGAUGUUAAAUGUCAGGGUGCAUAUUCUGGAGAAGUAAUUUUUGAGUGUGACAAAUGUAGGGAAGUGUUUAGACGAAUCUUUAACCUCAUUCAACAUAAGAGAGUUCACACUGGAGAACAGCUGUAUGAGUGUCGUGAAUGUGGGGUUUCCUUUCGUCUGAGAGCUCACCUCACAAGGCACCACAGAGUUCACACGGGAGAGAAGCCAUAUGAGUGUAGUGAAUGUGGGAAGUCUUUUAGCCAAAAAUCAAAUCUUAUUGAACAUCUGAAAGUUCACAGUGGAGAGAAGCCAUAUGAGUGUACUGAAUGUGGGAAGUCUUUUAGCCGAAAAUCUAACCUCAUUAUGCAUCUGAAAGUUCACACUGGAGAGAAGCCAUAUGAGUGUACUGAAUGUGGGAAGUCUUUUAGCCGGAAAUCUAACCUUAUUAUGCAUUUGAAAGUUCACACUGGAGAGAAGCCAUAUGAAUGUACUGAAUGUGGGAAGUCCUUCAGUGCAAGAAGUACACUCAUUAAACACCAGAGAGUUCACACUGGAGAGAAGCCAUAUGAGUGUACUGAAUGUGGGAAGUCUUUUUGCCAAAAAUCUAGUCUUAUUAAACAUCUGAGAGUUCACAGUGGAGAGAAGUGUUAAAUGUGCAGGAAAUGUUUUGUUUUAUUCACUUAGAAUAGUAACACUGAAGGUGACUCUUUGGAACCUAUUUUCCUGAAUUGAAACCCCCCACUCCUUUUUUUUAAAAAAUAUAUUUUAUUGAUUUUUUACAGAGAGGAAGGGAGAGGGAUAGAGAGUUAGAAACAUCGAUCAGCUGCCUCCUGUACACUGCCUACUGGGGAAGUGCCCGCAACCAAGGUACAUGCCCUUGACCGGAAUCGAACCUGGGACCCUUGAGUAUGCAUGCUGAUGCUCUAUCCACUGAGCCAAACUGGUUAGGGCUGAAUUGAAACCCUUUUAAUGGCACAUACACUCUGCUAGAUUCCUCACAAGUUUCCAAUACAACUGAGGCUUGAAGGAGGUGCAUUGCACUUGGUAACAUGCCCAGAUCUAACACCCGAUUAAUUUGUGGCUGAAGAGGUUUCGCCUCUACCACCUGGCUCACCUGAAGACUGUGUAUCAGUCCCAACCCCUGUGUGCUCAGGGGACAUGUAUUCUGUGUUCUCACUUGUGCUUGAGAACAUUAUGAUUAUUCCAGCUCCUGACGGGAUCUUCAUUCCUUUCUCUCGGAGGAGGUAAUGCACCUGACCCAGGGUUCAUCCAGGGCACCCAUCCCCAGCUAAGAAGUGCUGCCUCUGUCAGGGACAUGUGGUUUGCACAUUAUGCUGUGAUGAAUUGUUUCAGGUUCUAAUUCACCAACCUGCAAACCGCUUGCUGUGCUCUGUCUGGUUUGUGAUCUUUUAGUAAAGGUGUUUUUUCUUUUGUACCUUUAAUUGUCCUGGUUAUAUUCAAUUCCAGGGAUGAUUGUCAAGAACAAUUAUGAUCUAACAUCGUAGAAUUAACAGAUACUGUGUGAAUCCCAACAUUUCUGUGCUUUAGCAGGGACAGCAUCAUGCCAGAAAAUCACUCUUUGACCAAUAUUGGCGUAUAGUGCAUUGCUGCCCACGGCCUUGAAAGAAAGGCUGCAUGACUUUGUGGUUCUAA